CCUUAUCCCUCCGUCCUCCCCCAUUCCGUUCGCUAUUGCGUACUUUCAUAAUAGGCGAGCAUCUUUGCCGCCGUCCGAUCAUUUCAAUUGCUUUAAGCUCUAGUCCCUCUUUAUAAAGCUUAUGGUAAUAUAAUGUCUACUUCCCGGUAAUGGUUAAUUUCGACGAUAGACCAUUCUAAUGGCGCCGUCCGACCAUCUAGCCACUGCCGAUCUGGGUCGCCCGAAGCUACCCUCGGCUGCCCCAGAAGGAUACAAGGUCACCGCAGAAUCAGAAAAGGCAUCGCGAGCGGCGGGGGCGGCGAAUAUAACCACAGGAGCAGGGAAGCGGGAAGCGGAUAAAUCACCACCAUUGGAAGUUCGCGGCUUUGAUUUCUUCGCUAAUCGCGAUUUUAACGAGCUGAAGAAUGCGUCGCGGGCCUAUUUUGCGCCUUCUGCCAACCCUGAAAGGCAUCAACGCCUGCCAUCUACGUGGUUGGGCGAUGCGACACCCCCUAGCAGCCCGCGACCCUCCGACGAAGGGCCCUCCGCUGGAGGGGACAGAUUUCCCAUCCCGCUCCGUGGACAGACGCCUUCGGAAGAGAAGAGAAUAAUAGGGUUGAAAAGAAAGCAAUUCUGGUGGCUGGCGGCAUUAAUAUCACUCCUAUUAGUUGUUGCAAUUGGAGUUGGAGUUGGUGUCGGGGUCGGUAGAGGGGUGUCGCAAAGUUCUAACGAGGCCGCUGUUGCUGGUGCCGGUGUCAGUGCCUCUUCAUCGUCAAGUAGCCUGUCCUCUACCUCAACCGCAUCAGCAAGCACCGGCACCCCGACGACGUUUACCUCUGGCCCCUCAAAGACCAGUACUUCAUCGAGUUCCAACCCCACCGGUAAUACCGAGGGAAAGAUUGACUGCCCGGCUGCUAACGGGACUACCUACCAAGUUCCCGGUUCCGAUAAGCGAUUCUUACGGAUUUGUGGUAUAGAUUAUAGCGACGACGAAUCAACUAAUCUACGCCAAGUUCCUACGGAGACCAUAUUAGAUUGUAUGAAAAACUGUGCCGGGACUGCUGGGUGCACCGGUUGCGGUUGGGGCUAUAUCGAGGGCGAUACGGGGACCCAACACACCUGUUGGCUAAAGGGUGAUUUGAAGAAGCCUCACGAUGUCGAUAUCAACUGGGCAUUUGCCAAGCUUCUAUGAGAGGAUUAGGGACACGGAUAUGGGAGUUAUGGAUGCUGCUAAAUGGCAUGUAUUGAUACUAGUAAUGACGUUCUAUGUAGUAGAAUAGUAAGGUAUGAUACCCCCUAACAACAAUAAUUCCUACGGUAAAGUAACACCUUGACGGGCGACAAGCGUGCUUAUAUCCUCUCAUUACCUAAGUUAUACUCCUCGCUAUUAUAUUACAUAAAGCUGGUAAGAAGAUUCCAGCACAGGUUUAGCUGUUAAGCCGCACAGGACAUGGCAAAGUGACAUGGUGCAUAUAGUAAAUUUUGAUUACAUGUACAUGGAUCGAUUGUGGAUAGGAAUAAAAUCUAAUUCCAACACUUCCCACCCUGCUGUGAG